UAAAUAUAAAUAUUUAUAACUUUGACAAUACAGUUCUUGCACUAAUUUCUUUCAAGAUAUCUUUGAUUUGCAUUUCGUCACAAUGUCGAAAAAGGAAAAAUAUCAUAAAAAUAAAUCUAAGUUUAAAGUGUUUGCAAAAUCGAAUGUCCGACGUUUAAACAGUUUAUCAAUGUUAGCCAAAAGUCCAGGUGAUACAGGACAGUCAUAUCUUGGAUCUAAAACUUAUAAAAGUGAUAACUCAGAAAAUAGUGAUAAUAUCGUUACUGAUAUGGAUGAUAAUAGCUUUAAUUAUUUGUACGACUUCGAUAAAGACCAUACAACUGUAAAAAAUCUCAAUUCAUUAGAAAACACUGAAGUAAAACCUUCAGUAAGCAAAGAGGCUAUUAAAAAACAAGAAGUACCAAAACUUGGUAAGGACUCUCAGGUUCAUAAAAAAAUAUCAUCUAAACCAUGUGUUAUAAGUAAAUUAGAGUUGGGAUCUGCAGAUAAAGAAUUUGCGAAAAUCUUCAAACAAUAUGAAACCGAUGUUUCAAGUGAGGAAUCUUCUGUUAAAGAGAAAUGUAAUUCAUCAACUACUGUACCUACGACAGCCACUUUCAAAAAUGUGACAAAUAAAAGUAAUGCUUCUACUUCUCCAGUAAAUAUCUCAACAAAUCAAUUUCAUGAGUUAUCUGUAGCUAAGAAAAUACAUAUUGCUAAGAAUGAUGAUCGAAACGAAAGUAAUUUUUCAAAGAAUGUCAGGCUAAAGUCUACGAAUUCAUCUUCAUCACUUGAUAAUUAUAAUGUUAGUCCACAAUCAGAUCAGUCAAACACUGAAUUAAGUGAUGACAAUUAUUCAGAUGAUGAGCAAAAAAAUACUAAACAUAAAAGCAAUACAUCCAGCGAUGAAAUGAAAAUUCAGAAAACUACGUUAUCAGAACAAAAGCUAAAUAAAAAAACCCUAAACAAAGACCAAUUAUAUAGUAAUAUAUCAGAUAGUCAACGAAAUGAAGUACCUAUUUCAGCUUUAGAUUAUAGCACUAAAACUAUCCUUACAAAAAACCAAAAUCAAUCUCCAAUAAUGAAUAAAAGGCGCUCAUAUAAACAUAAAUAUAAGCACGUUUCUUCUGAGUCAGAGAGUGAAGACGAAAGAAUUACUGUAGACAAAAAACAAGUUAUACAAAAUCGAAAUAAUGAAACUGACCAUCCUUAUAAGAAAAAGUCAUUCAAUGAAAUACCGCAAACUUCGUUUAACACGGAUAAUAAUUCUAAUAUUGGAAUUAUUGGAAAAAACUCCAAAAAUCCAAAACACAUCGAGCAUAUGCAAAUAAAUUCUGAACCCGAAGAAAGUGAAGACGAAUUUAUUAAACAACUGAAACAAAAAUAUAGUUCAAAAACUGAUUUUAAUGAUAAAAAUAAAUCAGUUUUGAAACACGGUGUUCGCUCAGAUAUAACAGAAUCCGUUAAAACUAAAGAAAUGCAUCAAAAUAGAAAUGAGGACUUCGUUUCUUCUGAUUUCGAAAGUGAUAAUGGAAUUGAUCAACAAAUUAAACAAAAGUUUGAUCACCCAACAGGUUCCACAAAUAAAAAUAAAUGGGGCUUAAACCAGGUAGAACAAAGUUUAUCAAUCACAGAUAUUCACCGAAAUUUUAAAAAUAAACAUCUAAACCAAAAACUCAAAUCCAAGCAAAUUAAUACCAAAUCAGAAAAUGAAGAGGAAUUUAAUCCACCUAAACCAAAUCUGACUUCGAAAACUAAUAAAAAAAAUAACACUAAAUCAGUUUCAAAACAGGCCUUACAGACAUCAUCAGUUAAGGGUGUAUCUGAAAAUAAUGUUGGAAGUAAAGUCAAGCGUCAAAAUAAUGUUUCAGAGCAAGUUUCUUCCGAUUCAGAAUGUUGGAAUGAAAUCAUAAAACAACGUACUUAUAAAUCAGAAAGUGAAGAAGAAUUCAUAAACCAACUUAAACAAAAUCUAGAUGCGAAAACUAAUUUAAAAAAUAAGGGUAGUUCAGUUUCAAAGAAAACUCCACAAACACCAUCAGUCAUGAAUUUAAGCAAUAACUCUGAAAAUGGAUUAUGUAGUAAAGGCAAGAGACAAAAUAAUGCGUUACAGCCGAAUUCAGAAAGUGGAGAUGAAAUUAUUAAACAACUUAAACAAAAAUUGGACACUAACGCUGAUUAUAAAAAUAAAAUGCUUUUGAAACGAACACCGAACGUGAGACCGGUAAUAGGUGUCAAUACUGAUUCUGAAAAUAAUGUUGAUAAUAAACAAAGGAGUCAAAAUAGUGCUACACAACACGUUGCUUUCAGUUCAAUAAAUGAGAAUGAAAUCGCCAAACAGUUGAAGCCAGAUCUAAAAACAGAUUAUACUUUUAAGAAUAAAUCAGUUUUAAAGCAGACAUCUAAAGAUACAUGUGAUCAGAAACUAAACAAUAAUUCUGGAAAUGUUAUAGAAAAUGAAGGCAAUAAUCGAAAGAGCGCUGGAUCUGAUAACGAAGAAGCAUAUAAAAUCCAAGGUAAUAUUACAAAUCAUGCUUUUUCUGGAUUUGAAAUUCAUGAUGAAAUUAUUCAACAAUUUAAACGUAAUGUGGACAAUAUGAUGGACUUAGAUUAUCCCAAAAAAUCACUUUUACCAUCAAACAGUAUUGGUGUUAGCUCUGAAUCUGAAAAUGAAAUUGAAAGUAAAAACAAAAAUCAAAACAGUGAGAAGAAAGCGUAUAAAUUUCGUGAAAAAUUAAAUCUUAAAAAUAGAUAUGAUUCAAGAUCUUCUAAUAUUAAAAUCAGAAGCAUAGAAGCAGAUUUUGAAGUAAGCUCUGAGCACGGAAGCGAAUCUCAAACAGAAAUAUUGGACGAAUGUGAGAAAAUAAACUCACAUCUUAAAAAAUCUGAACAAAUGAAUGCUAAUAACAAUUACAAUGUAGUUGCUAUAUUUAAACGGGACUCUCCUACCAACCCUAAAUCCAGUACUGAACCUAAGUCAGAUACAAAAUGUAUUAUUACAAAUAAUGCUGAAACAUGUACUACCGAUAUUAAAGAUAGUAUUAAAAAAAUGGUUCCUGAAACCAAUAGCAUAAGUUCUUUUACAAAUGAAAAAAAUAGUAGUCCUAAAAUAUGUCCAGAAGAAUUUAAUUCAGAAGAUGAAACUGAUUAUGAAAAUAUUUGCAGGAGUAUUGUCACUCAAUUUAAAAAAAAAGAAAAUGUUAGAAGCAAAUUAGAAUUAGAAAACGAAAAUAGUGAUACUGAUAUACAAAAAUAUUAUAGCAAAAUCAUAAAAGAAAAUUUUGAAAUUAAAUCGGAUUUAAGUGAUACCGAUAUUGUUAUCAAUAAUGGCAAUAAUAAUAAUGACCAAGAACAAAUAGAUACUAUCUAUGAAGACAUUGAAGCAAUUUCUACAAUUAAUAAAGAAAAGUCGGAAAUAGGAAAUAUUUCUAAUGGAGCAAUUCUUAAACGUCAUGAUUUAUAUAAAUCGGGGGAAAGCAACAAAGCGCGCGCAAAACCUAUUGAAGAGCAACCUGGUAAUCAGGAACAAAUACUUUAUUCUAAUUCUGAUAUGGUUGCGCGAGAUAUAACUCAAAGUGAGAAAAUUAAAAAAUCAAUUUUAGCAAAAGCAGUACAGAAAAAACAAAAGGAUAACGUACUAUAUGCAAUUCCCAAAAUGGAGUAUGGAAGUAAUGAAUCUGAUUCUGUUGUCUCUGACUCAGACAGUGAUAUAGACUUUGCUAAAAUUGCUAUAGAAAAUAAAAGCAUCAUAUCAGACACUAACAUCAAAAAUAACCAACAUAAAACAAUCACCAAUCAACAAAGUGAACAUGUAUCCAAGAAUAAAGUACUGAAUAAGAACUCGUACGGUGGAGCAAGUUACGCAAAACCACCAGGUUUUAAAAGCGCAGCAAAAACCACAAACACUUUAGACAAAGCAUUAAAAGCAACAAUCCCGAAGGUGGGAAGCCCCUCUACGUACAAUUCAGCUUAUAUCAAAAUGGCAAAUAUAGUUAGAGAAAAACAAUUUGACAACUCUCCAAAAAUAGAAACUCGUGUACCAAGAGUUAGAACUCAACAACCUACAACAGAGAUAUCAAAAAAACCAGUUCCCAAUAAACGAAUUGAUAAUAUAACAGAAUUCAAUAAACCCAAUGUCAACAGUAAUGCAAAGCUUAAGUUUAACAACACUGUAGGAGUUAGUAAACCGGAAGCAAACAUUAAUUUAAGUCCUCUACAAAAGAGAUUAAACCACAAUAAAAAUUCAACUGGAAAUUGCGCUAUUCAAGAGUUCAAGUUUGAAAAUGACAUGAGUAAAUAUAGACAAACGCUGGACACUAGCCUUUUAGUAAAGAAACGGAAACCGCAGAAUGUUCCUGCUACCAAUCAGAUAUUAAAUAAAAAGAUUGGAAAUAAAACUAUAACUGAUAAUGCCCGUGGAAUACAAAAAGGUGUUAGAGGUUCAAUUGGUGCUGAUAAACUGAAGUUUAACAGAAAUUUAUAAAUAUUAAAAUUAUUGUUUUGGAGAAUUUAUUACU